CCUCGCCUUCAGCUGCGAUCUGAUACGUUGGGAAGGGCAAAAACAUUAGAGGAAGAGAGAGCCAAGAGAGACUCGUUGCAGUUUGCAUACACUCUCGUCAAAAUCACUGAUUUUGAACUAGAUGGUGAAGAGAGAACACAAGAUCCAGGAGAGGGCAUCGAAGGGGAAAGUAUGCGUACCAGAUGGGAAGAAGAAGUACAAGGGAGUGAGAAUGAGGAGCUGGGGAUCGUGGGUAUCAGAGAUUAGGGCACCUAACCAGAAAACAAGAAUAUGGCUGGGCUCUUACUCAACUCCUGAGGCAGCAGCCAGAGCCUAUGACGCUGCACUUUUGUGCCUGAAAGGCUCCUCUGCAAAUCUCAAUUUCCCUUCUUCUUCUUCGCCCUUCAAUAUCCCUCAAGAUACUCUUCUGUCCCCUAAAUCAAUCCAAAGAGUAGCUGCAGCAGCUGCUAAUAGUUCCGUUGAUAAUGUCACCACCCUGCCUCCUCCUCCUCCUGCUUCAGCCUCUUCCUCAUCAGUAUCAUCUUCAUCAAUGGUUUCCUCUCCCUCUAAUCUAGUUGAUGAUGACGCUUCAUUAAUCUCAUCCUUUAAGUCCUUCUCUAGGUAUGAUCACCCGAAUGAACCAGUGCCUGCGACGGAACCUUGGUACGGCCUUGAAGGGCUGCAAUCCCCUAAAUAUGUUGAUCAAAUGCUGAGUAGUGCUUCUUUUGAUUUUUAUUCACACCAGCUGCUCGAUGAUUUCUACGAAGAAAUCGACAUCAAUUUGUGGAGCUUCUGCUGAGAGAUUUUCAAGCCAACCCAAAUUCCUUCCCAAGUUCUUAUUACUGACUGUGACUAAAUUUAUGUCAUAUAAAUGUUAAAGAAACUCAUGUAGAGAUAAGACAGAAUUUGAACUCUAAUGUGAAUUUCUGCACACUUCAAA